GAAGCUCUAGAUUUCUCUGUCGCACUCCACAUACUUCUCGCAGUUUAUCAUUCUCCCACUCUCGCCACGUCCUUGUUCAAUCUGUUCCUCAAACGCAAUAGAAAGAAACUAGAAGCCAUAUUUGCAAGUCUUUUGCAUUGUUUGGAAGUGUUUUAGGAGCGUUAAGCUCAAAUCUUAUCGAGAUAAAUGUGAAAUAUGCCAGUUAAAGUGGAUAUAAUACCUCCGCCACCAGCAAAUUCGAAGCAACCUGGUGUAACCAAGUCCUUAUUGUACAACGGCUCCAGAUUUCAAGGCUUCCAAAAGUCGAAAGGGAAUUCAUACGAAGUGGAAGUUGUUUUACAGCAUGUGGAUGAAGAGAACUCGUACCUAUGUGGAUAUUUACAAAUAAACGGCCUAACCGAUGAGUACCCGACCCUUACGACGUUUUUCGAUGGGGAAAUCAUUAGUCAGAAGUAUCCAUUCUUAACACGUAAAUGGGAUGCAGAUGAGGAAGUUGACCGAAAGCACUGGAGCAAAUUUUCGUCAUUCUCACAGUAUGCAAAGACAUUUAACUCGGACAACUUUGAUUAUAAAGCCCUUGCAGAGACAGAUUUUAUAUUCAUGAGAUGGAAGGAACACUUUCUUGUGCCUGAUCAUACAAUCAAAGACAUUAGUGGAGCUUCGUUUGCUGGAUUUUAUUACAUAUGUUUUCAGAAAUCUAAGGCCACUAUAGAAGGAUAUUAUUACCAUCGAACGUCAGAAUGGUAUCAGUCCCUGAAUUUGAGGCAUGUUCCCGAACACAGCAUACAAAUUUAUGAAUUUAGGUGAAGUGUUUUAAAUAAUGAUAAGUUUUCAUUUAUUAAAAUUAUCUGUUGCUAAUGUCA